AGCGGCGGCGGUCGAGGCUGAGGCGGCGGCGGCGGGCGGGGCUCGGCUCGGGCUCCGCGGGCGGGCGGGCGGACAUGGCGGCCAACAUGUACCGGGUCGGAGACUACGUUUAUUUUGAGAAUUCCUCCAGCAACCCGUACCUCAUCAGACGGAUAGAGGAGCUCAACAAGACUGCAAGUGGCAAUGUGGAAGCAAAAGUCGUCUGCUUUUACAGAAGACGGGACAUCUCCAACACGCUUAUCAUGCUCGCCGACAAGCAUGCUAAAGAAACUGAGGAGGAGUCGGAGACGCCAGUUGAGGCCGACUUGACGGAGAAGCAGAAGCACCAGCUGAAACACAGGGAGCUCUUUCUGUCGCGCCAGUACGAGUCACUGCCUGCGACACAUAUCAGGGGGAAGUGCAGCGUGGCCCUGCUGAAUGAGACAGAAUCCGUGUUGUCAUACCUUGACAAGGAGGAUACCUUCUUCUACUCACUGGUAUACGACCCUUCAGUGAAAACAUUAUUGGCUGACAAAGGUGAAAUCAGAGUGGGCCCAAAGUACCAAGCUGACAUUCCAGACAUGCUACCAGAAGGAGACUCAGAUGAGAGGGAACAAUCAAAAUUGGAAGUUAAGGUUUGGGACCCCAAUAGCCCACUUACGGAUCGACAGAUUGACCAGUUUUUAGUUGUAGCCCGUGCCGUGGGAACAUUUGCCCGAGCCCUGGACUGCAGCAGCUCCGUGAGGCAACCCAGCCUUCACAUGAGUGCAGCCGCAGCCUCCCGAGACAUCACCUUGUUUCAUGCCAUGGACACACUGUACAGGCACGGCUAUGACCUCAGCAGCGCCAUCAGUGUGCUGGUGCCGCUCGGAGGGCCAGUCCUCUGCAGGGACGAGAUGGAGGAGUGGUCGGCCUCUGAAGCCUGCCUAUUCGAAGAAGCACUGGAAAAAUACGGCAAAGAUUUCAACGACAUUCGUCAGGACUUUCUCCCGUGGAAAUCCUUGACUAGCAUCAUUGAAUAUUAUUACAUGUGGAAAACUACUGACAGAUACGUGCAGCAGAAGCGCCUAAAGGCCGCAGAAGCCGAGAGCAAACUGAAACAAGUGUACAUCCCGACUUACAGCAAACCAAAUCCCAACCAAAUCUCCAGCAGCAACGGCAAGGCUGGCACUGUGAAUGGAGCUGUGGGGACCCAGUUUCAGCCCCAGAGCGCCCUCCUAGGGCGAGCCUGCGAGAGCUGCUACGCCACACAGUCUCAUCAGUGGUAUUCCUGGGGCCCACCUAACAUGCAGUGUAGACUCUGCGCGACCUGUUGGCUGUAUUGGAAAAAGUAUGGAGGUCUGAAAAUGCCUACCCAGUCAGACGAAGAGAAGUCUCCCAGCCCGACUGCAGAGGACCCGCGCGCAAGAAGCCACAUGUCCCGGCAGGCCUUGCAGGGCAUGCCGGUCCGGAACACCGGAAGCCCCAAGUCUGCAGUGAAGACCCGCCAAGCUUUCUUCCUUCGUACUACGUAUUUCACAAAAAUUGCUCGUCAGGUCUGCAAAAGCACCCUGCGGCUGCGGCAGGCAGCGAGACGGCCGUUUGUUGCUAUUAAUUAUGCUGCCAUUAGGGCAGAAUAUGCAGACAGACAUGCCGAACUUUCUGGAAGCCCACUGAAAAGCAGAAGCACCAGGAAACCUUUGUCGUGUAUCAUUGGGUAUUUAGAGAUCCAUCCCGCAAAGAAACCUAAUGUAAUUCGGUCUCCACCAAGCCUGCAAACUCCAGCUACCAAGAGGAUGCUCGCCGCUCCGAAUCACACAUCUCUGAGCAUUCUGGGGAAAAGAAACUACAGCCAUCACAAUGGUCUAGAUGAACUUACCUGCUGUGUGUCAGACUGAGCUAUCCCUACUCCAUCCUGUACUCCAACAUCUGCUACUGUCCUGCUGGUGGUCACAGCCAUGCCUGGAAAGGAGGUGGCCCCCUUCAGUGGGAGGGCUCCGUGUGCACCCCUUGCAAGCCCAGAAGGGGGCAGGGAAGAAACUGUAGGAGCACACAGUCUGGAUCUGUGACUCCAUGUGUGACCAGUGGCACCUAGCUUCCUUCCCGGAGACCUUGCUGUUCCAGAGUGGACCUGUCUACGAGCUGAGGCAGGGGAGGACUUUCAACCUCCUGGCUUCCCAGUGCCCAAUUCCUAGAUGCAGUUGGCUCAGCCGUGAGGCUGCUGAGAGCCCAGAGCCCCAAUGCCCUGCAUGUGUGCACCCUCUUGUUUCAUGCUGUGAAAUUAUGUACAGGAGAGACACGGCAUCUUUCUGAGCGGCUUCUCCUUCAGAAUAGGCCAGUGUUUCUGCCGUUCAUCGUAGUUCCCUGCCCUCGCUAUUGUAUCUCUUGGCUUUUUCCUCAGUAAGCCACCUUUUCUUCCUCACUGGGGAAACUAUUCUUUCCUUUCUGCAUCUUGUACAGGGUUUGCUCCCACCCUCUGUGGAGCCUGAGGGUCUGGAGAGCCUGUGAGUGACUAGCUCUCAGCAUCUGUUUAGUCACUGGAGAGAAGCUGGGGUGGGGUUGGUUUGCCCGCAGUCCUGUAGCGCUCCCCAGAGAUCAGGAGUUGAUCGUGCCAAGUGGGUGCAUCACUGUGACAAGCGGUUGGCUUACUGCCCUCUCCCCUUGUAGCUAACCAGCUGACAAAGACCUGGAACCGGGGUGGGAGGCUCCUACAGUGGGUCAUGGAACCCCCAUUUUAUUUGAAGUAGACUCUGUUGAGCCUGAGGGGUGGGAUAUAAGGGUGGAAAUCCUAUUUGUAGAUAUAAAUCUUUGUAGAUGGCUUUGUGUUCCCUCGCUCUUGCAGCUCAGUGUCUUUGUGAGAGCUUGUGCUGAGGCCCCUGGAGACCUGCCUAUUUUACUGCCCUGAAUAACCAGCCUUCAGUAACAUCCCAGAUGACUCCUCUGCCAGCCUCUACACUUAGCUGCAGCCACCAAAGUAACUCCCUAAGCAGAGGAUGUGGCCACCUCUCCAUUAGCAGGGACAAGCUGUGGAGCCCAGAAUCCCAGGACUGUGAUAGGUGACUAGAGUCUGACCUUGCAACCACCUUGGGGCCUGUGUCUUAAAGCAGCUGGGUGACUGAUGGGAGGGACCCCCAAACAGGUUGUUGCAAGGCAGAGUUGCCAUAGCUGGAACUGAAUCCCUAAGGAGAGUAAAUUGUCACAAAAAUACCGACAUCUGGAAGUCUGUGUUCCAUGCAGCAGAAAGGAGGGUGUGUGUGGCUGAGGACAUUGGUCAGGGUACCAGCUGCCUUGUCCUCUCUCAGAGCUCUCUGGAGAGGAGGUUCUUCUCAGCAUAUGCCUUUACACAGCUAUGGCAAGUCCCCAUCACUGCUAGGCCAUGGCUUGGGACCCUGCAGGUGGGGCCUGGGUCAGUGGUGCCCCAUGAAACACGUGCAGGUGGCUGGCAUUUCACUAUAGUACCGCCAUCAGCAAAGACCCAAAAGAGGGAGCAACUGGCUUUUGGGGGUAUUGUCUUAGUUAGGGUUUUAUUACUGUGAAGAGACACCAUGACCAAGGCAACCCUGAUAAAUGAAAACAUUUAACUGGGGCUGGCUUACAGGUUCAGAGGUUCAGUCCGUUAUCAUCAGGGUGGGAAGCCUGGCAGUGUUCAGGAAGACCUGAUGCUAGAGAAGGAACUAAGGGUUCUACAUCUUGAUCAGCAGGCAGCAGAAGGAGACUGUGUGCCACACUGAGCAGAGCUUGAGCAGAGCAGACCUCAAAGCCCGCCCCCACAGUGACACACUUCCUCCCACAAAGUCACACCUCCUAAUAGUGCCACUCCCUGUAGGCCAAGUAUUCAAACACAUGAGUCGUUGGGGGCCAUACUUAUUCAAGCCACCAUAGAUAUUCUCUUGAAAAAAAAAAGAGAAGAGCUAACACAGUUGUCUCUCACCCUGCCCUGGGUUUACAUGGCACAGAGACACAGGGAGAAACACUUGCUUGUCCCCCCUGUUUAUUUUCCUUUUCUACCCUGGCACAUCAUGAGUGACAGCUAAGCACCAGUCACCCUGACUGCCGAGGUCUCAUUCUCUCUGCCAGGUCCAGGAGAUCUGGAGAAGGGGCUCGCCAGGGAUGGUAGCAGCACAGGAGGCCUGUCCUAGCCUGGGUCCCAGUUGGCUUCGGGGAAAGCACAACUGACUUUGAGCCCCAUGUAUCUAGAAUGUUCUCUCUCACCUCGCUUGUGAGAGCGGGCUCUUGCAGCCUCGCCCUUCCCAACACAUAACGUAAGCAACUUGGCUCCUCCACCUGACUACUGGGAAACCCAGAACACAGCAGGAAUGUCCCAGGGUAGGUUCCAAGGGACCUGGUCUCUUGCCUUUGCCUUUUUGAGCACUUGGUGUUAAGAGAGCUUCUCACCACAGCCUUUCUGAGGCCCACGGUGAUGCUGUCAUGGGAGUCGAUGACAUGUCACCGCUGCUCAGUGAGCAGAUGAUGGCCAAGCUGAGGCUCUCUCCACAGGCAUUCGGCCAUGCCAGGUCCCCUGGGAGGACCCAAGAAAUGUCUGCCCUCAGACAUUGCCACUGCUCUGAUAAACUGAGGGUGUAUGGAAGUGGAGAGCUGAAGGAGGCUGCUGGAAGCUCCCACGGUUCUGCCUUGUCUACGGCCCAGUGUCUAUCACUCAGGGCCCAGCCAGGAGAGCAAAACUUGUAUUUAACUAAAGUAAGAAUAGCAGGAGCGGAGAGCACAGGUCAGAUGCACAUACUGACAAGGCCAUGAAACUACGGGCCAGAGCCACUUCGAAGGAGCCAAAGCCAUGAGGAGUCAGAGAGUGGGGAGAAAGAACUUGGCCUCUCCCUCCCACCCUCUGGAUUUCCGUGGGUGCUUCCCACCAGCUGGCUCCAGCCAGAAGCCAGCUACCCUGGGAACCUGUGGGCUCAGCAAGCAGCAGGGGGAGAGGAAGAGAGGGCCAAGGGAGAGCAGCCCUGGGGCAGGGGUACCCCUGUUGCUCUGUCUUCAGAGAAUGGCAGUUCCUCUGCAAUGCUAAGAUCUUGGGGAAGGAAGCAGCGGAGUGGCCUGCUUGGGCUUGUAGGUUGUUUUCAUUCUUCUGAGGAGGGAGAGCUUUACCAGGAGGGAAAGCCUUUCUGCACAGUUGACCCUGCUCUCCUUUGGAGGAAUUGGCCCACUAAAGUACCUUGCCUUGUGCUCCCCUCUAGAAAGCCAUGUCCUGGUUUCUGUGUACACCCCUGCCUGUUCCUCUCCUCCCAGUUUCUGGUCCCCCCCCCCCCCCCGCCACGAGCACGAACCAGAGCUGGCCUCAGUGCUCUUGGGAAAGCUCUCCCCCACGCCGUGCCAGUGUGGCCUGUCUGUCCGUAGGAGAGGCCAUCUAUUUGUCAGUUUGUAUUGUGUUUCCAAUAAAUUUCUGGAAUUCA